GCAGAAGAAGCUCGAGCCUGGCAGAAGAAGACAUGACCCGGCGGAAGGACUGGCUCUGAGUCCAGCUUCAACCUUCACACUUAGACACAUUUUCAACGUUUCCUCAUAUCUAAAGUAUGUUACGAACGUUGUACCGGGCCGGCGGAGCGCUCUUGAAGACUUCCCAGGGGACCGUGCCCAGGCUGUGGGUAACUCCAGCCCAGCGGCGAUGGGCCUCCAGCUUACCCAUGAACACCGUGGUCCUGUUUGUGCCACAGCAGGAGGCCUGGGUGGUCGAGAGGAUGGGCCGCUUUCACCGGAUCUUGGACCCGGGAUUGAACUUCCUCAUUCCCAUUCUUGACCGGAUUCGCUACGUGCAGAGCCUUAAAGAGAUUGUGAUUGACAUCCCUGAACAGUCAGCAGUGUCUCUUGAUAAUGUGACGCUACAGAUUGAUGGAGUCCUUUAUCUCAGGAUUUUGGAUCCUUUUAAGGCCAGUUAUGGGGUAGAGGAUCCAGAAUACGCUGUGACCCAGCUGGCACAGACCACAAUGCGCUCAGAGCUGGGCAAACUCACACUGGAUAAAGUAUUCAGGGAAAGGGAGUCUCUCAACUCCAACAUUGUCCACUCCAUCAACCAGGCGUCAGACGAAUGGGGAAUCCGCUGCCUGCGCUAUGAAAUCAAAGAUAUACAAGUUCCACCUCGUGUCAAAGAGUCCAUGCAGAUGCAGGUGGAGGCUGAGCGUAGGAAGAGAGCCACCGUGCUGGAGUCUGAGGGGACAAGGGAAGCCGCCAUUAAUGUUGCUGAAGGUGGCAAGCAAGCGCAGAUCCUGGCCUCCGAGGCCCAGAAAGCAGAGCAGAUCAACAAGGCAGCUGGUGAAGCUCAAGCCAUCUUGGCCAAAGCAGAAGCCAAAGCCAAGGCCAUUCGUUUGCUGUCAGAGGCUCUGGCUGAACAGAACGGAAAUGCUGCAGCCUCGCUGAGUGUUGCCGAGCAGUACGUCGCUGCUUUCUCCAACCUUGCCAAAGAGUCCAACACCGUCCUCCUUCCCUCGCAGACCGGCGACAUCAGCGGAAUGGUCACACAGGCCAUGACUAUUUACGGCACAUUGGCCAAACCGACAGUGAAGAGCAUUAAGGCAGAGACAGAGCAGGAAAAGAGCGAAGAGCCCGCAGCCCAGUCAACAUCGGCCCAAUAGCGGAGGAUGCCAUAAGUCCUCUAAACUGUCACUGACACAGAAGACAGAGGAAGCCGUUUUCCAGAACCACGGGGCAUAAAGGCAGCGCUGUGUGAGCUGCGUCACUGUCUGGUGCAGAGGACACAUUUUAUCUACUGCAGAGCACGGGAUGCUAAGACCGAAGGACAGCAGAAAAUAACAUUUGAAUAAACAGAGGGGAUGCUUAGCCUUGUGGAGCUGGGAAAAUCACAUCUUACAGAGAGGAAAUGCACCAUUCAUGCCACUGUUUAGAUUGGUCAAAGGUUGUACUUGAAUUCCUGAAUUCAGUGCGGUGAAUAAUUGCAUCUGUGGUCAGUUAUAACUGCUCUGCAAAUACGGUGUCAUGUGGUGGUAGAGCUACACACAGACAAAACAGAAUGGGAUCUGGAGCUUCUCAAUAGCCUCUCCUGAUUUGAAUGGAUGUUCAGUGUCAGUAAAAUUACUUCAUUAUGUGACUUAAUAUUUCAGUCCACAUACGCCUGCCUCUUUUACAGAUUUAACCAAUAUCACUCACGUUCUGGCUGGUCAGAAUCAAGUCGUAAUUGAAUAUAAUUUCAAAAGGCAAUUAUUCCUGCUUAUUAUGUAUUUUUGUAUAUGGCAUUAAGCCCCUUUAAAACUGACUAUCACAGAUAGAGUUUGGGAUAUGGUUUAACUGAAACCUUCACAAUGCGAUUUCAAUCUGUAAACAAUCCUGAAACUAAUGUGUGCUUUGUGGAGACUCGGUAAGACAUAAUGAUAUAAAUCAAUAGAGAUGUUGCUAUAUUCAGCACUUUUCUCCAUUCCAAUGUUUGCUGCCAAAAUAGCGUGCUGGAGUCAAGCUCCUCCCACUGCCUGCCCGACAGUUCAAAAGAAGCGCUGUCCCCUCCCAUUGUGGAAAAUUCACAAUGAAGGAAUCCAUGAAGCAAGGGAGCGCAACAACCGAGGCAAGUGGUGGGACUGAGCAGAAAAGGCUGCAUUCGGAGAAGAAAUAUAAGAAAUGUAACAAACUCUUUGCAUAGUCUGUCCGAGGCUGGCCUACAUACUGUUGUAGCGCAGACUUUUGUGUGGCUUUGCAAAGAGUUUACAUCUAAAUUUUUUGCUGACCUCCUUACCAUCUAAUGGUCAGUUUAAAUCGCAAAGUGCACGUUUACAACUGAAGUGACUUGACCAGAGACAGGAUUUGGGAUAUGGUUUAACUUAAUGUCAAAGCAUGUGUGUAAGAAAACAGUGCGAUUGUAUAGGGACAACUUUUCUUUUAAGGAAGACGGGAACUAAUAAAGUAUUUGGGAUGUUUGUGUUGGAGAAAUGGGUCAUACUGUCAGACGAGGAAAAAUAUAUUCGUUGUAAAAGACUGGUUUCAUCUGUUAAGUGGAUUUUGGUGACUCCAAAAGUGACAAGCAGGUUGAUUUCAUGGGGUCACCAGGAAGCUGCAGAACUUUAAAACAUGUCUUAUUGAACUCCAGGUAUUACAAAGAAGGAGCUGUGAACUUCACAUGCAUAUGUGACCCUUUCACCCAUCAGAAUAGAAACUGACUCAAAGAACAGACAUGGGUUAUUUUGAUAGAUAUAGAUAGAUAUACUUUAUUUAUCCCAACCAGGGAAAUUCUGUUUUGGCCUAAAUUACCAUCUAGAAAGACAACAAUUCUGCAAACAACUUCAGACACCAAUUUCUCCAUAAAAGCAAAGGUAGAAUAAGUUCAAAUUGAGCCAUAAUGAAUGCAAUGGUGCAAACAAGAGCAGCCCGACAGAACUAAGAAACAUCUCCAGCAUUCAUUCAGGAUUCUGGCAUCAUCAGU